CAUUGAUUUUAAUGGCAGGAUAAAGGGUCCCAUUUUAUCUUUACCCGAUGAUAGUCACCUCAUUCUCCCCGCAACUAAAAGCACGAUCCCAUCUUUUCCUUACAGAGCAGCACCCCUUGUUUCUCUCUCACGUUGUUCUUAGUGUUUGUGUGUUUGUGCGUCUGUGUGUAUAUAUACCAUUGCUGCUUUUGUCGAUUCCCGAACACCACGCGCCUGAUUCAACCGCAGCCCAAUAUCCCGUGUAUCACGCCCCCCUCGUCAAAAGCAAAAAAGGAAAAAAGAAAUUCGUGUUGUUGGGUUCGUUCCCUUUGCCUUUGAUAAAUAGUGAAAGUCUGAGAGAAAAAAGGAAAAUGUCGAUCUCUGUGUAACGGCUACUUUUGGCGGUGUUGUUGAAGAAGUAAAGACCGAGAAAAAAAGGGGGAAAUAAAAGGGUUGGUUUGGUUCAGUUUUGAAAGGGAAGCUGAAGAAAUGGAUUACAACAAUGAUCACAGUACCAGAAGUCCUUGGGAUUGGCAUGGGGAGAAUUAUGGUGUGCAAAAGAACUCUGAUUCUGAUGCAUCCCAAGGUGUAUGGACUCCGGUGACCUUGAAUGAGGAAGACCUUUCCUACAUGUUCAAUGAAACGACCCCUGUUAAGGAAUGUGGUGAUCUCUCAUACCAUUAUACUUGUAAUGAUGAUACUAGCAAGGAAACAGAGGUUACGAGGGAGACCUCUUCUCGACUUAAAAGACGUAGAGUGCUUCAAUUUGACACUUCCGAAGUAGAUUCUUCCCUUUUCUGUGAUGAAAUGCCAUCGACGUUUCUAAAAUCAAGAGAGAGGGAUGAGUUGCUGGCAGAGGUUUUACCUGAUGCAUCUCAGCAGGUUGCCGGAUUUUCAGAGGAUGCAUCGGCUUUCAGUUAUGAGGGCUUAGAUCAGUUGUGUGAAGGGUGGCUUGCUGAGUAUUUCAACGAUGCGGAGAUGCUUCAUAGAUCUAAUGAUAUGAGCCUUAACACCUCAUCUGACAUUCAAAUCGAUAUUUCGGAGUAUUUCAAUGCCCAACCUGAGUCUGGCCCCGAUGCUGUUCAAAAACAGGCAACUCAAACCCCUCAAAAUGUUGUUUUCAAAGGUAGGAAGUCAUUCAUAUGUCCUCCCACUAAACUGCCAUCUUCAAUUGCCUACCCAUUUGCUUUCAUUAAACCCUGCGGUUUCCACGGAGACGUGACCCUCAAGGAUAUAAACCAGCGAAUCCAAACACCCCCACCGUCAAAACCGAAACAAAGCAACGAAGAUCUGCCGACUUCAGCCUUUUCCGGGAAGCUUGUUGUUGGCAAAACUAAAAUACGUACCGAAGGUGGUAAAGGCAGCAUCACGAUUAUGAGAACCAAAGGAUAAGUGUUCGCGGCCCUUUCGAGCCCCCUCUCGAUUAUGGUGGUUGAUCAUCUCUCUCGUUAUUGCUGACUCUGACUAGCAUAGAAUCUGAUACAGGGUACAUGUUGAUGAUUUAUAUAUAGUUUACUUGUAGUGGAAGCAUAAGGUUUUACAUUAGUAUACGAAUGAAUGUGUAAAUGUUAGCAUUACAGUUUAUGCUGUCUUACCUCUUUUGUCGGUCCUAUAUUUCAACAUUGCUCAUUCCAUUUUUUAUAAUUUUUCUCAUGUAGCUAAAAGGAUUUUUCAAAAUCUUACUUCUCAUUUAUAAUUUUUUAUAACAUUUAUGGGUUUAGAUUCAUAAUAUUAUUUUGAAUCGAACUUAUUCAAAGGCUAAUUUUUUAGUUGAAUGGUCAGCUGGAAUUUCUGUAGUUUAGAAUUGGAAAGUAUCAAUUAGAUAAUGAUGUUCAAAGAGGAAAUCAAAUUCCAUUGCAAAUCACUUUAAAACAAAUCCACACCAAGCGUUUGUUAAAAUGAAAAACAAAAGACACGAUUUUCCCAAUCCAAUUAAUAUAAUCACACUCUCUUUUAUCCUGCAAUCUAUAAUCACUUCCCACUGUUAUUUCUUGUUUUUAAUCCCACUUUGCCGCUCGGAUCCAACCGUCGCUUGAGCCGCUUUCUUGGCCAACUUAUCUUGCAAUGCCUUUGCAUCUCUGUCCAU